CGAGGAGAGGCAGGGCUGGGGUAGUAGUUGGGAGCAGAGGAGAGAGAGUGAUUAAGAGCCAGACGUGACGAGGGUGUGAACUAGUGCAGAGCGAGAUGAGCUGAAGGAUCAGGACUGGCGGUGGGUGGGAACUGCGAGGUUCUGAGAAAGGUAACGGGUUAGUGGUGGGCAAUGGGUGUAAAUUCUCGGAAGUGCAAGAGGGUGAAUGAAACACUGGACGAGUACCAGGUGGAGUUAGGAAUAAGAGCGUAGUGGAAGGGUGCAAGGACACAGAGAUGAGAGCUAGGGCGUUUAUAGGACAACUCGGGGACCAGAAAGGCUGAAAGAAAAGAGAGGACGGGAGUAAGAAGUGAUGGCGGUGUGGGACAGGGUAACUGCGGGAUGGUGCUAAUUGUUGAGGUUCAGCAAGAUCCGAGGUGAAAAUAGUGAAGAGAUGGGGCUGAGAGCGGAGGGUGAGAGGAGCAAGGCAGAGACGGGCCCGGGAUGUAAAUGAUGAGAAGGGGAGUGCGGGAAGAAAACAGGGUUCAGGAAGGCCAGAGGCAUCCUGAUGGAUGCAGACCUGGGGUAUGGUGCCGAGGCGGGGAGUCAGGUGUGCAUGUUGCGGGGAGAGACUCCAGAAGGGCUGCCUGGGUCAGGGCACAGAGGCCACAGGGAAGGUUCGAGUGUAGGGAGCCUUUGGUGCAGAAGAGGAGGAACCAUGAUUCUUUGGAUGGGACGAAAACUUGAAAGGACCUCUAGUUUAUCCAGCAACUUCAGUCAAUAUCCCACUUAAAUCAUUCCAGGUAAUAGAGACGAGGAAACCUAAUCAAUGACCGGGGAAUAAUGGAAGAAGAUGGGAAAGAACUUGUUUGAUGGGUUGAAAGAGUGGAGCCUUCUGUGAGACAUGGAUAGAUGCAAACAUGUAGGGCGGUUGCGGCUGGCCCAGGACCACUCCAUCCUGAACCCUCAGAAGUGGUGCUGUAGGGAGUGCGCCACCACCGAGUCGGUGUGGGCUUGUCUCAAGUGCUCGCACGUGGCCUGCGGUCGCUACAUUGAGGACCACGCCCUGAAACACUUCGAAGAGACUGGACACCCACUAGCCAUGGAGGUCCGGGAUCUCUAUGUGUUCUGUUACCUGUGCAAGGACUACGUGCUCAAUGAUAACCCGGAGGGGGACCUGAAGCUGCUGAGAAGCGCUCUCCUGGCGGUCAGGGGCCAGAAGCAGGACCUGCCGGGGAGGCGAGGUCGGACUCUGCGGUCCAUGGCCUCGGGCGAGGACACGUCCCCGCCGCCACGCACUCCUCAGGGACAGCCGCAGAUGCUCACGGCUCUGUGGUACCGGCGCCAGCGCCUGCUGGCCAAGACGCUGCGGCUCUGGUUUGAGAAGAGCUCCCGCGGCCAGGCAAGACUGGAGGAGCAGCGGCGGGAGGAGGCCCUGGAGCGCAAGAAGGAGGCGGCGAGGCAGCGGCGGCUCGAGGUCAAGCGGCGGCUGCUGGAGGAGCUGGCCAGCGCCCCUCCGCGCAAGAGCGCACGCCUGCUGCUGCACGCGCCCCGCGCCUCUGCCCAGCGCCCCGCCGCCCGGAGGCGGCCCCCACGCCGGGCACCGGCGGUGGCUCCGGGCGUCACCGGCCUGCGCAACCUGGGCAACACCUGCUACAUGAACUCCAUCCUGCAGGUGCUCAGCCACCUCCAGAAGUUCCGAGAGUGUUUCCUGAACCUCGACCCUUCCAAAACGGAACAGCUCUUUAACAGAGCCGCCAACGGGAAGGCCUCGCUCGCGGGCAGGCUGGCCAGCAGCUCAGCCACCGAGCUGUCGCCAAGGAGCCACAGGGCUGAGUCUUGCGAGCGGGAUGGUCUCUUCUGGAAUGGCGGCGCCUCCAUCACCAAGAGCCUCGAACUCAUCCAGAACAAGGAGCCCGGCUCAAAGCACAUCUCCCUCUGCCAUGAACUGCACACCCUUUUCCGCGUCAUGUGGUCCGGGAAGUGGGCCCUGGUGUCACCCUUCGCCAUGCUUCACUCCGUGUGGAGUCUGAUCCCUGCCUUCCGCGGCUACGACCAGCAGGACGCUCAGGAGUUUCUCUGCGAGCUGUUGCACAAAGUGCAGCAGGAACUCGAGUCGGAGGGCACAACGCGCCGGAUCCUCAUCCCCUUCUCCCAGAGGAAGCUCACCAAACAGGUCUUAAAGGUGGUGAACACCAUAUUCCACGGGCAGCUACUCAGUCAGGUCACAUGUAUAUCAUGCAAUUACAAAUCCAACACCAUUGAGCCCUUUUGGGAUCUGUCCCUGGAGUUCCCUGAACGCUAUCACUGCAUAGAAAAGGGGCUUGUCCCUUUGAAUCAGACAGAGUGCCUGCUCACUGAGAUGCUGGCCAAGUUCACAGAGACAGAGGCCCUGGAAGGGAGAGUCUACGCUUGUGACCAGUGUAACAGCAAACGACGAAAAUCCAAUCCAAAACCCCUUGUUCUGAGUGAAGCUAGAAAGCAGUUAAUGAUCUACAGACUACCUCAGGUCCUCCGGCUGCACCUUAAAAGAUUCAGGUGGUCUGGCCGUAAUCACCGAGAGAAGAUUGGGGUCCAUGUCGUCUUUGACCAGGUAUUAACCAUGGAACCUUACUGCUGCAGGGACAUGCUCUCCUCUCUUGACAAAGAGACCUUUGCCUAUGAUCUCUCCGCAGUGGUCAUGCAUCACGGGAAAGGGUUUGGCUCAGGACACUACACAGCCUAUUGCUACAACACAGAGGGAGGUUUUUGGGUCCACUGCAAUGACUCAAAGCUGAAUGUAUGCAAUGUCGAGGACGUGUGCAAAACUCAAGCCUACAUCCUCUUUUACACUCAAAGAACAGUUCAGGGCCAUGCAAAAACCCCCGAAACCCACCUCCAAGCUCAGGUGCAGCCCAGCAACAACCGCGAGGGCAGACCACGGACCUUCCCCUGAAAGGGAGGCACAGAUCACAGACUGGCUUGCUUUUAAACUAUUGGUGUCGGUACAUCUUUCCUGAUAGGAAAUGAGGUUUACUGCAGGAACAGGUUACUGGGUUUGCCUUACUGGGUCUAGAGCAGAGGUAGCAGGUGACUCAUACGCUAUCAUAAAAUAUGUAGUCACUUUGUUUUGAAUGGAUUUGGAAAGUCCCUCCUUUGAUAAAACAAAUCAAAAGUAGUAACUUGUAUGAAGCUUCAUCAGUUACUUCUGAAUAUAGAGGGAUCUGGGUAGAGCAAAAAGGGAGUAAGCUGAUCACAUCCAGCCAGGAGAGCAGCCAUGUUUUCUUUCCAUUAUGUGAUUCCCCUGCUAAUCAGGGCCUCCUUGCAGCACCAGAAGAAUCCUCCUGAUGUAAGCAGUCCAGGACAAAGCACAUGAGGGGGGCCCUGGGCUAGCAGCUUUCCUGAUGGGAUUGGUUCCGAGGCAGCAGGUGAAGUCUAAGGAAUUGUUCCUACAAAGGAAGUUAUCUUCAGGGGUUGAAAACUUGCAGACUUAAAGAGUGGAAUGAGAUGCACGGAGCAAAUUUCCCCAUGCAAAAUGGGAGUUUUUUCACGUGUCAUACCUUCCCUGGGGCUUCUGAGACUGGCAUGAACAUCCCUUCAUUCGAAAGGAGAGGUUCAUAUAGGGAAGCAGUAAACUGGCUCGGGACAUGUUCUGCAUAGCCUAAGGACACUCCUGGCUACUCAGUCCGCUAGUGAAUCCCUGGCUCAGGUCAAGGUCUAGGACAGUGGUUCUCAACCUGGGCUGCACGUUAGAGUCACCUGGGAAUCUUUAAAACCCUCAUUUCUGGGCCUCAUCCUCCGGAAAUUCUAUUUGUUACUCAUGUCGUGGCCCCACCCCAUAACAAAGAAACAGAAUUUCCGGAGGAUGAGGCCCAGAAAUCAGGAUUUUAAAAAGAUUCCCAGGUGAUUCUAAUGUGCAGCCAAGGUUGAGAACCACUGCUCUAGGGUUUAGUUUAAUAGCCAGUGGUCCAGGGCUUAUCUGAAUGCCUGUCACCUGAUCUCACCUGGUGCAGCAUGUAGCUUUUCUUAGCUCACAGCUUCUUUCUUGCUCCUGGAGGGCUAGAACAUUACUGUUCACCACAAAUUUUGGGAAAUUUUGCUUUCCAAGGGCUUAGGAAGCUGUCUCCCAUAUGUCUGAAGAGUUUACUGCUGGUGGCUCUGGCUUGUUUCCUCCCAAAUCUGAUCAUCCUUACUGUUUCUUUACCCAGCCAGAGUCCACCAGAGAAAGCAAGGGUGCCGGGGCCUUUACUCCAGUGCUAGCAAAAGAUACCUUUCUACACGGGGUCCGUUUCUAAGUGGAAUGAAAUAGCCCAGAUGGAGACCUUCCUCCUCAUCAGGCACCACUGAACUUCCCUUCUUAAUCCUUCACUUAAGACUCACCAGUACAAGUGAAUGCCAACCGAAACUCUUGUGGGAUUGCUGUAGGCUGCCUCAGCUUGUCAUAUGAAUGCUCAUCUUUUGACUGAGUAUGUCAUAUAAACAUUUCAAUUCAGGUAGAAGUAGAGUUGUCACUUGAAGGGAGUAGAUAUGGAAGGCAGUUUGGGGAGGGAUGGGAAGCUGAGAAAAGAGAGGGUAACAAAUAAGGGUUGUAGCGUUAGCGCUACUGACGAGCCACAUUCUGGAGCAGAUCUGGAGCAUUUGCUUUUUACCUCUUUUGAGACCAACUCUCCCCUAGGACCUGCCAGACAGCACUGAGACAUGGAGGAAAUUCAGAAAGAAAAUGGCUCACCCUGCUAAGAAAGGGGGAGCUCCUAUAUUUUAAAUUACACUUGCUUUUUCCAACACUGUGAGGUUUCUGUAAUAUUUAGCUUUUAUUUGGAAGCGAUAGCGUAUGGCAUUUUUUUAUGCUGUUUGGUUUAUAUUGUCUGCUGCAGGCUUCUUUGUAUAAGCUUGGCCUGGGCUCACCUUCUCCUGGACACUGUUUUAAAGUGUCACAGCUGCAUACGCUGCCAGAGGCUCUGAUGUGAAGCUAUACUCUCCAGAUCCACAUUUUUAAGUCGGAAUGAUUGGUAUGACUUUUUGUGGCACUAGAAAAGCCCAUUAACUAAAAACAAUCUGGGAGAGUAAAAAGAAAAGGAAAAUAUAAAUUGUGCCUCAUCUUUCAUUGAAUGCUGUAUUUAUUGUUCAAGAAAAAGAUAAUUUACAAAUGGAGAAGAACUAAUAGAGCAUCUACUUCAUCCCUCAGGCUGUCCAGGGGGAAAUAUUUGAGAAAAAAAAUGAACAUUUAAUGGAAAAUUAAAAGAUCUUCAAAUUUAAUUUUUAGAAAUAGUUUUAUACCAAAUAUUAUAAGGCAUAUUAAGCAGAUUAAAACUGUAAAAUAAGGGCUUACCUUAGCUGAACACCCCUGUAUCAAAUUAACAAAACUGUUCAAAGUGAGUUGGAAUAGACACCCAUAUUAGAAUCCUCACUGAGCUGCACAUUCAUGCAGGUGCCCCUGCAGUCGCAGACUCCUCAGGUACCAGAGGCAGCAACACUAGACGCUAUUGAGAAGCUAGUAUUUAUGAAGAUUUUUAUUAAAGAGUUCCCUGCUACAGAAGUCAACGGCUGUUGUGAGGGAACUGUCCCUUUGCCUUUAAUUUACAUAUUGGAAGUAGAUGAAUUUCUUAGUUGCAUCUUUAAAUUGAAACAUUCUAAAAGAGAAGAAAAUAAGAACCAGGUAGAAGUUGACUAGAUGCUGCCAAAUCAAACCCAAGUUUUCUUAACUGAACCGUGCGGACCUGCUCUCUCCCAGACAAGUAGUUAGCAUCCUGUUCCAAGAGCCCUUAGCAGUUGGCUGGUGUGUUUACUUUCUGUUGUAGCCAGCCAAGAUGGAUGCACCCUGGCCCUCAGAAAGGAUUUUUACCUCAGUCUAGCUUGACCUUCAUACUUGUGGUUGCCUCGGAGAUGAGCAUUCAUACUAGCGUAAAAAAGAUUAGGAAUGCCCUCAACAGCUAGAAACAAGCUCUAUUAAAUGGUGGGCAGAGCUCUUGCCAGCUUUGAUCCAGCCCCUCAGACUGAGGGGGGUGGUGCCACACCAUAAAUAUUUCCAGAUGUCUCUUUCAAUGUUAUGAAUAAAAUUGGAAACUGUAGAAGUGUUAAUGUGUCCUAUGGACUCAAUAGCAGAGUUUAUUUUUGUUUUUAAUGACGAGGCUUCUAGUAAGUGAGCAUCUGAGUUCCCUUCUCUGGCUUACAGUUCUGUCCUAUUGCAAGAACUCACGGGGUGAGUUGGCUGGCAGUGGGCAUGGCCCUAGAGGCCCCAGCAUAAGCCUGAGAGAGGCCGACAGUAGUGCAGAAGGAAAACUG